CUGCCGCCGCCGCCCCGCCCUGCCCAGCGCCCCCUCCCCCAGGAAGUCACGCGCCGCCUGGAGGCCGAGGGGCUGCGCAGCGUCGUCUUCACCGACUGCGUGAGAGAUCGCAACGUCGGGCAGAUCGUGCCCCUGGUCACGGAGCUGGUCGCCAGCAGCUGCCGCUACCACCGGGCAGAGCGUCUGGAGCACUGCGUCAUGGUGAUCGGGGUCCCCAACGUGGGCAAGUCCUCGCUCAUCAACGCCCUCCGGCGGCAGCACCUCAAGAAAGGGAAGGCCACCAGGGUGGGCGGCGAGCCUGGGGUCACCAGGGCCAUGACGUCCAGGAUUCAGGUGUGUGAGCGGCCACCAGUGUUCCUGCUGGACACUCCCGGCGUGCUGGCGCCUCGCGUCGACAGUGUGGAGACCGGCCUGAAGCUGGCCCUGUGCGGGACGGUGCUGGACCACCUGGUGGGCGAGGAGACGCUGGCCGACUACCUGCUCUACACCCUCAACCGGCACCAGCUCUUCCGGUACGUGCAGCACUACGGCCUGGACGGGGCCUGUGAGGACGUCGCGCGGUCGGUGGCCCUGAGGCUGCGGGGCGGCCCCGGGCCCUGCGCCGGCUGGCUGGAGGUGUUCUACAACGGGACCUGGGGCGCCGUGUGCAGCAACGCCCUGAAGGACGCCUCCCUGGCCAUCAUCUGCCGGCAGCUGGGCUGCGGGGAGCACGGCUGGCUGGAGAGUCGGCGGGCGCCGGCCGCGCGCCAGGGCCCCGCCUGGGUGGACAGCGUCGAGUGCCGCGGGCUGUGGAAUUCCACGCUGUGGCGGUGCCCCUCGGCCCCGUGGCACCCCCGCUCCUGUGCCCACGGGGAGGAGGCGUGGGUCACCUGCGCAGGUGGGGCCCUGGCCGGUUCGGGAUCUGACGAGUCACCUGCAGGGGCUGCCUCCGGUUCCGGCUCUUCCCGGAGCCUGCCCUCGGAAGGCAUCUACGAGGACAUCGGAGCCGCCCCCGCGGGGGAGGAGGAGAGCCCGGAGGGGCCCCAGGGGCAGGACGAGGCGUAUGAUGACGCGUGGGAGCCGGCCCGCGAGGCCGCGGCGGGGGCGGAGGCCGCGUGGCGCGCGCCCCUGAGCGCGACAGGUGCGUGCCUCUGCGCCCUGGCGUCCCUCCUGCUCUUCCUGCUGGACUGCUGCUCCCCCGGCUCGGGGCCGGCCGGCACCUACAUUUAA